GCACAGAGAUGAUUGACAGUCAGCUGAUGGGGGAGUUUGAGGAAGACCUGAAAGAGCUGGAAGCAGACUCCUGGAGCAACGUUAUGGACAGCAACUUCCUCAAACAUCUGAAGAAGGACGUCAUCAAGAGACAGGAGGUCAUCUACGAGUUGAUGCAGACAGAGAUGCACCACGUGAGGACCCUGCUGAUCAUGAUGGAGGUGUACAGUAAGGGUCUUGUGAAGGAGCUGCAGCUGGAACCUCAGACAGUAGACAGGCUGUUCCCUGCCCUGGGGGAGCUCCUGGACCUCCACACCUCCUUCCUGACACGUCUCAUGGAGAGGAAGAGAGAGAGCCAGCUGGAGGGGGAGGACAGAGGAUUCAUCAUCAACAAGAUAGGAGACAUCCUGGAGACACAG